CCAAAAUAUAGAUCCCCUCCUCCACUCCAGUCCCCAAAUAAAGAAGACCCAAGAUUGAAAUUUUUCUCAUUGCCAAAUGGGUAGGCAAGAUAAUGAUCCUACCAUGGUGAACUCCUCCAUUGCUCUUCUUCAAGAAAGGUUUAGACAGUUGGAAAAGGUGAAAGAAAGGAGAGAGGGGAAAGAACUUCUUAACUUGUUGUCUUCAGAGAAUCAGAGGAACACCUCAUCAUCAAUGAACUCUCUACAACCAAGGUUGGUGGUUCCACAUAGGCCAACUCUUCAUGAUUCUCUUUCUCUUGGACUCAACUUGACAAGCAAGCAAGGUGAUCACAACAACAUGAAAUCACCGCCAUCUUUGAAUUUAUGGUCACAGGGUGCAUCAACAUCAAGAAAUUUUGACAGCUCUGACGUUGAUACUUCGCUUCAUCUGUAAAUAUAUUUACUUUUGCUUCCCUUAUUCCCUAUAUAUAUAUGUAUGUAUAAUAAACCUAUGUUCUCCAUCAUUUUGUAGCAGUAAUCAAGGAGGAUUUGUAUCAGUUAUGCUUCUUCUUCUUCUUUUUUCCCCCUCGAAAGUAUGUGUAUGAUAAAUUGUAUUUAAAAUAAACAAUACAUAUUACGAAAGGUAGAAAAAA